AUGCAAAGUGUUAAUAAUAUGGUAAAGAUUUUGGGAAGGUUCUUGAAAAUGCCCAAACGAGCUGCAUCAACUGUGGGAACCACUAUAGCUCCGAUUUUUGCCAAAAAAACGAAGGUUGAAGAGAAAAUAUUGUCUCCAGUUAAAGAUGAAAUUGAUAGCAGUUUCGAUACUACCGAGAGAAAAUGGACAUUCCUUAGUUGGAAUGUCGCAGGUUUAAGAGCUAUUGCCAAGAGGAAUAGUCAAAAAGAGUUCAACAAGGAAAAGGCUGAUGUGAUUUUCCUGUCUGAAACUAAAUGCAAGGAGUGGCCCGUGGAGUUAGAAUCUGAUUUCAAGGGUUAUCACAAGACUUUAGUAAAUUCAACUGUCAAAAACGGAGGGUAUGCUGGUGUAGCCGUUCUUAGUAAAGUUAAACCGAUAAAAAUUUGGAAAGGCAUAGAUAGCGACAAUUUCGAUAACGAAGGUAGAAUGGUAACUGUUGAGUUUCCCAAUUUUUUCUUCAUUGGGUGCUAUGUACCUAAUAGUGGAAGGGGGCUUGUCAACUUGGAUAAAAGAGAAAAUUGGGAAAAACUUUUUAUGGAGAGAAUUAAAGAACUGGAUAAAAAGAAGCCUGUGAUUUACGCCGGCGAUCUUAAUGUUGCUCACAAUGAAAUUGAUUUGGCUAAUCCUGCCUCAAACAGAAAUAAAACUCCUGGUUUCACCGAUAAAGAAAGACAGUGGUUUACUGAUUUAUUAGACGCUGGAUUUAAGGAUACCUACAGAGAGUUGCAUCCUGAUGACAAAGAAUACUCAUUCUGGAGUUAUAUGGGGGGAGCUCGAGCGAAAAACGUAGGAUGGAGACUAGAUUAUUACGUCAUCAGUGAGAGAAUUAUGGAAAAGGUCAUCAAAAGUAACAUCCAAACUGAAAUUAUGGGAAGUGAUCAUGCGCCUGUUUAUCUGGAAAUCAACAUCUAA